GCCAUCUAUGACAUCUGCCGCAGGAACCUGGACAUCGAGCGCCCAACCUACACCAACCUCAACCGCCUCAUCAGCCAGAUUGUCUCCUCCAUCACUGCCUCUCUGAGGUUCGAUGGGGCACUCAACGUCGACCUCACUGAGUUCCAGACCAACCUGGUGCCCUACCCUCGCAUCCACUUCCCCCUGGCUACCUACGCCCCUGUCAUCUCCGCAGAAAAAGCCUACCACGAGCAGCUGUCGGUGGCUGAGAUCACCAACUCGUGCUUCGAGCCGGCCAACCAGAUGGUGAAGUGCGACCCUCGGCACGGCAAGUACAUGGCGUGCUGCCUGCUGUACCGCGGGGACGUGGUGCCCAAGGACGUCAACGCCGCCAUCGCCACCAUCAAGACCAAGCGCAGCAUCCAGUUUGUGGACUGGUGCCCAACCGGUUUCAAGGUGGGCAUCAACUACCAGCCUCCCACGGUGGUGCCGGGGGGUGACCUGGCCAAGGUGCAGCGCGCCGUCUGCAUGCUGAGCAACACCACGGCCAUCGCCGAGGCCUGGGCGCGCCUGGACCACAAGUUCGACCUGAUGUACGCCAAGCGCGCCUUCGUGCACUGGUACGUGGGUGAGGGCAUGGAGGAGGGGGAGUUCUCCGAGGCGCGGGAGGACAUGGCCGCCCUGGAGAAGGAUUACGAGGAGGUGGGCCUGGACUCCUACGAG